GUAGCACCACUUAUAAGUUUCAGAGACUACCUUCGGUCGUGGCUUUGGGUUAGUUUAAUUCGCGAUCUUUGAAACGAGUUAGUUAAGUAUCGAAUUAAAGAAUGCACUAUUAGAGAUUUUGUUUUUGAGGAACUCUUAAUAUUGGAAAUUUUGUGCUUGUGACUGUUGGUGUUUCCGGUACGAAAGUGGAGGCAGAUAUGACAGUAACUGGAAACUUUGGGAUAAUGCACCGGCCCUGUUUUUCUGGAUAUCCAUUUCAAGGCCAAGGUCGUGUCAAUCAAUUGGGCGGCGUGUUUAUCAACGGUAGACCUCUCCCGAACCACAUUAGGCUAAAAAUCGUGGAAAUGGCAGCCGCCGGGGUUCGACCAUGUGUCAUUUCCAGGCAACUCAGGGUGUCUCAUGGCUGUGUCAGUAAAAUUUUAAAUAGAUACCAGGAAACCGGAUCUAUUCGGCCAGGUGUUAUCGGCGGAAGCAAACCCAGAGUAGCAACACCGGAAGUAGAGAACAGAAUCGAACAGUACAAAAGGGAAAACCCCUCAAUCUUCAGCUGGGAGAUUAGAGAUAGACUAGUAAAGGAGGGUAUUUGUGACAGAAGCUCUGCACCGAGCGUAUCGGCUAUUUCAAGACUCCUACGAGGCAAAGGUGGAGAUUGCGAUGACAAAUCCACUGAUAAUGAAGGCGCGUCUGAUUGUGAAAGUGAGCCGGGUAUUCCUUUGAAAAGAAAACAACGGCGUUCCAGGACGACAUUUACUGCUCACCAACUGGAUGAACUGGAAAAAGCGUUCGAGAGAACUCAGUAUCCGGAUAUUUAUACUAGGGAGGAGCUGGCGCAAAGAACUAAGUUAACGGAGGCCAGAAUACAGGUCUGGUUUAGUAACAGAAGGGCUCGUUUACGCAAACAGUUGGCCAGUACGAGCUCCUCUUACAGCCCAAUGGGGGUGGCUUAUUCGAGCGGCCCUUCCACCCCAUACGGCCAGGGGAUGACGUCGUCCGAAGGCGGAUACAAUGCGGCUACGGCCAAUCAGAUGUCGGACGUCUACACUCCAGCUCACGGCCACAGCAUCUCCCCCAACCUGCCCCUCUCAGACGUUAAAUGGGAGCACCCAUUGUCCCAUAACCCAUUUCCUUCUCACCCCAUGUAUCCUCCAAACCCUACUAAUUUGAUGCCAAUUUCUCCAAUCAAUCCUACCAUCACUCCUCCCACUUCUAUGGCUCACGUGACGUCAUCCUCGCCAAGUAUGGCGCCUGUAGAGAACCACAUGGCGGUGACCUCUAUGGCGGGUAAUAAUAUGGCCACUGAUACGACGGCGCUGCAGAACCUGGAAGAGCCAAAUGUCAAUUUUAAAGAUGGAAAUGAUAAUAAUAUUCAUCAUGGGGUGUCUUCCGUUAGUCCGAGCGAUGGGCAUGGGUACGGUAAUAUGCCACCCACUCCCACUAGUAUUGUUACCAUGCUGGGACCCAACAGUGGUAAUAGUUCAAACAGCACAGAAACACCAAACCAGCACCAAGACCAUUCAGUGAACAGUAUACAGCAUCAGUUGUCCACAUGGCAAAUGUCACCCAAUCACCAACUGAGAAAUCUGAGUCCUGUGAACAAUCACCAAUCGACGCUGACGGCCGGUCUCGCGCAGACAUUUGGACAACCGUCGUUAGGGUUUGCCCAGAAUAUGCAUCCCGGUUAUUCGAAUUCUGCUCCUAAAGCAUACCAGUCGUUUUACGGUUGGUAUUAAUAGGGAAUUUUUCUUUGUAUUUUAAGUAUAUAAUUAUGAUUGUUUAUAGUGUAUAAAAUGGUACUUUAUAAGGUGUAUAGUGUACAUUUUUUCUGUUAAGGGAAGUAUACCAGUGAUUAAUGUAGAUGUUAGGUAUAAGAGUCACCACUUUAUUUUCCUAUACUUUUUUUCACGUUUUUUUUUGCUAAAAAUAUUUUGUAGACAUUGACUGACCAAACUGUAAAAAACUGGCCAAUAUUUAUGUGUAACAGUCGAUUGUUGAUAGUAUUAAGUAAAUAUUUUUUGUAAAAAAUUUGUAAAAUUUAUAAUAUUUUUGUCAAAAUAAACUGUAUUAUCUGAGUUGAA